AUGUUGUUUCUAUAUAUUUGUAGGGCGGCCCUAGAGGAACCAGAACCCCGCCAUAUGCAAAUCAAAGAGAAAAAAGGAGGGUCGCCCUGCCAUCGCCGCAUGUCAACACGCCUCUCCCCCCGCAGACGGUUCAGCAAAGACAUCUGCAAUGACAUGAUGUUUGUGGUCGGGGGAUGGACCCAGGACGACCCAUCCUGUUUGGUGGAACAGUUCUGUCCUGAGUACAACGAGUGGAGAACAGCUGCACGCAUGGUCAACAAUCGUGGCAAUGUGGCUGUGGAAACGCUGGAUGGCAAGAUCUACACUGUGGGUGGAGAAGAUAACAUCCGUUGUUAUAGCAGUGUGGAGAGGUACAGCCCAGACACAGACAGCUGGAGUACAGAUGUAGCACCCUUGAGCAGCCCCCGCAGCGGAGUGUGUCUGGUGGCGAUGGAUGGAUACCUAUACGCUAUCGGAGGACAUGAUGGCAUUACUGCUAUGAAUACUGUGGAGAGGUAUGAUCCAAAAAUGAACAUGUGGAGCAAACAGGUGCCGAUGCUGACCAGACGUACCAGAGCAGUGGCUGCUGUGCUGGAGGGUCACCUGUAUGUGAUUGGAGGGAACGAUGGUGACAUGGCUCUGAGCUCAGUGGAGCGGUACAACCCUGUAGACGGUACCUGGUCGAUAUGCGCCCACAUGCUGUGUCCCAGGGAGAAUGCCGGCUGCACUGUGUACCUGGGACACAUCUAUGUGGCAGGAGGCAAAGACGAACUCAACCUGAAGCUCUGCUCUGCUGAGAGAUUAGACCCCGACACCAUGAGGUGGUCGCCUGUCAAACGUAUGAGGAGCAAGAGGGACAGCAUGUCCCUUGUAGUCUUCAAUGGUGCCUUGCUGGCUGUGGGAGGCUCUGAUGGUGUCACCAAUCUGAAAACAAUUGAAAUUUACAGCCAUGAAACCAACACAUGGAGACACUUUGGAAGCAUGAAGAGCAAGCAUCCAGGAGGGAGAGUGGUUGUGCUGUGCUGAGACUUGACAAUGCUCAUGUUAUAUGAACAGGACAAAAGUGUCCGAGAGAAAUAGCC